AUGCAUCUUCCUAUUUUGAGGCCGGGAGGUAUUCCGAUUCUAUUGUUUUUAGUGUUCACCUGCGCUACCGUCGUCGUCCGUACAGCGACCACCAAGUCAGCUCCGCCCAGUGGGACAAAAAAGGUUGAUCCUGGCAAGAAGACCUGCUCGGAGGCCAUAGUAAGAAUUAUUGGAAAAGGCGGGAUUUCCGGGGAUGGAAGGUUCCUCAAGGAAGCAAAGAGUGUUCACGUCACCAUUAGCGUCAACGGCUUAGCAGCAAAACAAGAAUUCACAUUUCACAUUCAUGAAGGUCCCGCUGGGAAUAACAAUGAUUGCUCUACAACUCUGGGGCAUUACGAUACAAGUAAACCACCUAGACAGCUCUGUGCCGGAAAAAAUCCAAAGGAUUGCCAACUUGGAGAUUUGGCAGGGAAAUCAAAACCCUUGAGUGAUAGGAGAACUGGGGCUGCUUCAAUAAGCUAUCGUGACCCAGUCCUAGAUACUUCAGACCUUCCGGGAAGAAGUGUUGUUGUUCAUGCUCCAAAUUCACUUGAAAAAAUUGCCUGCGGUACCAUUACUUGCAAGCGAAAAUAG